UGUCACCGCCGGCUCAGUGGGGCUCGAGCAUCCUCGGUGAAGCAGCAGAGCCAUUUUGACCGCUUGGAUCUGAGCAAAGACGGCCGACUGACCGCGCGCCUCCCCCCGGAGUGCUGACGGCAGGAGGAGGAGGGGGGAGCGGAGGGCUGAACGUCGCCGGCCCGGUUGAUGGCGAGCAGAGGCCGGUAGGACGGACGGACGGACGGCGGAGGUGUUUUUCGGGGUUGGGUCUUCCGUCUGCUCGCUGGAGAAACUUGAAGCCUCACACCUGGACUCUAGAGGAAGGUGCUAAGAAGAGGCGCCAUGGCAGGAGCCUCGGUGAAAGUGGCGGUUCGGGUCCGCCCCUUCAAUUCGAGGGAGAUUGGGAAAGAAAGCAAAUGCAUCAUUCAGAUGACGGGGAACACCACCACUAUCAGCCACCCCAAACAGGCCAAAGAUGUUAAGAGCUUCAACUUUGAUUACUCCUACUGGUCACACACCUCGCCUGAGGAUGUUAACUACGCCUCUCAGAUGCAAGUUUACAAAGACAUCGGAGAAGAAAUGUUGCUCCAUGCCUUUGAAGGAUACAACGUCUGCAUCUUUGCUUACGGUCAGACAGGCGCUGGCAAGUCCUACACAAUGAUGGGGAAGCAGGAUGUCAAGGAUCAGCAAGGAAUCAUUCCACUGCUGUGUGAAGACCUUUUCAGAAAAAUCAGCGACAACACAGACAACAGCAUGUCUUACUCUGUUGAGGUCAGCUACAUGGAGAUCUACUGUGAACGUGUGCGGGACUUGCUGAACCCCAAAAACAAAGGUAACCUGCGUGUGCGAGAGCAUCCUCUGAUGGGGCCCUACGUGGAGGAUCUGUCCAAGCUGGCCGUCACCUCGUACAAUGACAUCCAGGACCUGAUGGAUUCUGGUAACAAGGCCAGGACUGUAGCUGCCACCAACAUGAAUGAGACGAGCAGUCGCUCGCACGCCGUCUUCAACAUCAUCUUCACUCAGAAACGCUGUGAUGCAGAGACCGACAACACCUCGGAGAAGGUCAGCAAAAUUAGCUUGGUGGAUUUGGCCGGCAGCGAAAGGGCUGACUCGACUGGAGCCAAAGGAACCAGGCUUAAGGAAGGAGCAAAUAUCAACAAAUCUCUGACCACUCUGGGGAAAGUCAUCUCUGCUUUGGCAGAAAUGGAUUCUGGACCAAAUAAGAAUAAAAAAAAGAAGAAAGCAGAAAACUUCAUUCCCUACAGAGAUUCUGUUUUGACUUGGCUGCUGAGAGAAAACUUGGGAGGCAACUCUCGUACCGCCAUGGUCGCCGCCUUGAGUCCAGCUGACAUCAACUAUGACGAGACCCUCAGCACGCUCAGGUACGCUGACCGCGCCAAACAGAUCCGCUGUAAUGCUGUCAUCAAUGAAGACCCCAACAACAGGCUGGUGCGUGAGUUGAAGGAGGAAGUGUCUCGCCUGAAGGACCUCCUGUAUGCGCAGGGCCUGGGGGACAUCAUUGAGACAUAUCGAGCAUCUGGCGUAGAUUUCGAGGGUUUGAAAUUGACCAAUGCCAUGACGGGGAUGAGCCCCUCUCCAUCCCUCUCAGCUCUGUCCAGCCGUGCCGGAUCCAUCGCCAGCCUUCACGAUCGCAUCAUGUUCAGUCCAGGCAGCGAGGAGGCCAUUGAGAGGCUGAAGGAAACAGAGAAAAUCAUUGCUGAACUGAAUGAAACUUGGGAAGAGAAACUUCGCAAAACAGAAGCCAUCCGAAUGGAAAGAGAGGCGCUGCUGGCAGAAAUGGGUGUGGCAAUGCGAGAAGAUGGCGGCACUGUUGGUGUCUUCUCUCCAAAGAAGACGCCGCAUUUGGUGAACCUCAAUGAGGAUCCUCUGAUGUCUGAGUGCCUGCUUUACUACAUCAAAGACGGGAUCACUAGGGUGGGUCGUUUGGAUGCCAGCAACCAUCAGGACAUCGGCCUCAGUGGCCACUUCAUCCAGGAUGAGCACUGCACUUUUACCAGCUCCACAGGUCCAGCGGGAGAAACAGUCGUCCUGGAGCCAUGUGAAGGAGCUGAGACUUAUGUGAAUGGGAAGAGAGUGACAGAGCCUACAGUUCUCAGAUCAGGGAAUCGCAUUAUUCUGGGGAAGAGCCACGUUUUCCGCUUCAACCACCCUGCACAGGCCAGAGCUGAGAGGGAGAGAACUCCAUGUGCAGAAACCCCCUCUGAGCCGGUGGACUGGGCCUUUGCUCAGCGGGAGCUGCUGGACAAACAGGGCAUCGACAUGAAGCAGGAGAUGGAGCAGAGGCUGCAAGAGCUGGAGGAUCAAUACCGUAGAGAGAGAGAGGAGGCCAACAAUCUGCUGGAGCAGCAAAGACUGGACUAUGAGAGCAAGCUGGAGGCCCUUCAGAAGCAGGUGGACCGAUGUUACCCCGAGGCCCCUGAGGAAGAUGAGGAGCCUGAGGAGGAAGUUCAGUGGACAGAGAGGGAGAGGGAACUGGCUGUGUGGAGUUUCCGUAAGUGGAAGUGUUACCAGUUCACCUCUCUGCGAGAUCUCUUAUGGGGGAACGCCAUCUUCCUGAAGGAGGCCAACGCAAUUAGCGUGGAACUCAAGAAAAAGGUCCAGUUCCAGUUUGUCUUACUGACUGAUACCCUAUAUUCCCCUCUGCCUCCUGACGUUUUACCCCCAGAGGCAACCAAAGACAGGGAAAAGAUGCCCUUUCCUCGCACUAUUGUUGCUGUGGAGGUUCAGGAUCAGAAGAACGGAGCCACUCACUAUUGGACGUUGGAGAAACUAAGGCAGAGACUUGACCUGAUGCGGGAAAUGUACGAUCGUGCAGCUGAUGUGCCCAACGCAGCCUCUGAGGAAUGUGAAAAUGUGAUGACAGGAGGUGACCCCUUUUAUGAUCGCUUCCCCUGGUUCCGCCUGGUGGGCAGAAACCCCAUUUUCAACACAUGCAUGAGCGAGCGCAUGAGUGACCCCACCCCAUCCCCGACCCUUUCCACCUCUGAAAUUACUGAACUGGCUACCUCGCAGAGGGAGGGUCGGGGGGAGGAGGAGGAGUUGGAGGACCUGGAUGAUGAUAUCUUUUUGGACGACCCGAGCUCUGAGCUCGUGGCAGAGGAUGAUGAUGAUGAUGAUGAUGAUGAUGAGGGAGAGCUCUGCCGUGGCUCCAGCGAAGGCCAGGACCCCUUUUACGACCGCUCUCCAUUAUUCAGUGUAGUGGGAAGGGCUUUUGUUUAUCUGAGUAACCUGCUGUACCCAGUUCCUCUGGUCCACCGCGUUGCCAUCGUCAGUGAGAGAGGAGAGGUGAAAGGCUUCUUACGAGUGGCGGUCCAGGCCAUAUCAGGUUCUCUGUGUUUUCCUCCAGCUGAUGAAGAAGCUCCGGAUUAUGGCUCCGGGGUGAGGCAGUCAGGCACUGCCAAAAUCUCAUUUGAAGAUCAGCAGUAUGAGAGGUUCCAGUCAGAGUCCUGCAGCGCCGGACUGUCCCAUGCAGGGAUCUCCCAGGAGGAGCUUCGCAUCGUUGAGGGGGAGGGACAAAAUGCAGAAAUGGGGCCAUCAGCUGAUGAGGUCAACAACAACACAGCUGGUUCAGACGAGCAGGAGAACCCACUGAAGGCAGGUCCGGAUGGAGCGUCAGAAGCAACUCUGGAGCACCUGAGGAUUGGUGACGUUUUUACCUUCCGGGUGACCGUUCUGCAGGCCUCCAGCAUCUCUGCAGAGUAUGCAGACAUCUUCUGUCAGUUCAAUUUCAUCCACCGCCACGAUGAGGCCUUCUCGACAGAACCCCUGAAGAACACGGGCCGUGGCCCGCCUCUUGGCUUCUAUCAUGUGCAGAAUAUUGCUGUUGAAGUUACGAAGUCCUUUGUGGAUUACAUCAAGACUCAGCCGGUUGUGUUUGAAGUGUUCGGUCACUACCAGAAACAGCCUUUCCUUCCUCUUUGUAAAGACGUCAUGAGUCCGCUCCGUCCGUGUAGAAGACAGUUCCCACAAGUGAUGCCUCUGUCCAAACCAGUUCCUGCCACCAAGCUGAAGGCGAUGGCUCGUCCCCAGGCGGGGCCGUGCCACUGCAAGUAUGAUCUGAUGGUGUUCUUUGAGAUCUGCGAGCUUGAGGCGACCGGAGACUACAUCCCAGCUGUGGUGGACCACAGACAAGGCAUGCCGUGCCACGGCACAUUCCUGCUGCACCAGGGCCUCCAGAGGAGAGUGGCUGUGACCAUAGUUCAUGAAUCUGGAGGGGAUGUGGAGUGGAAGGAUGUGCGGGAGCUGGUUGUGGGGCGUCUGCGUAACUCCCCUGAAGCUGACGAGACCAUCAUGGACCCCAACAUUCUGUCUCUGAACAUCCUGUCUGCUGGAUACGUCAAGCCCGUACACGAUGACAGGCAAUUUCUUGAUUCGGACAUGCCUAGGACGUUCUACCGCUUUGAAGCUGCCUGGGAUAGCUCCAUGCACAAUUCCCUACUAUUAAACCGAGUCACCCCAUAUGGAGAGAAGAUCUACAUGACCCUGUCAGCCUAUCUGGAGAUGGAGAACUGCACGCAGCCAGCCGUGCUAACCAAAGAUAUCUGCAUGGUCUUCUACUCUCGAGACACUAAGCUCUCAGCCACUCGCUCAAUCCGCAACCUUUUUGGUACAGGAAGCCUCAGAGCAGCAGACGGAAACCGUGUAACUGGGGUUUAUGAGGUCAGCCUGUGUUACCUGGCAGAUGCUGGGAGCCCAGGAAUGCAGAGGAGACGGAGGCGGGUGCUGGACACCUCUGUGGCCUACGUCCGCGGGGAGGAGAACUUGGCUGGCUGGAGGCCCCGAAGUGACAGCCUCAUUCUGGACCACCAGUGGGAACUGGAGAAGCUCAGUCUUCUCCAAGAUGUGGAGAAGACCAAACAUUACCUUCUUCUGAGGGAGAAGCUGGAGUCCUCCAUGCUGAUGGGUCAGGAGUCUCUUCAGUGUGGUGCGUCAGAGGAUCUGUGUGAGUCUCCAAAGCCCAGUGAGGUGGAUCAGGAGGCCGGCUGCAGCUCGGAAAUCACUACAGAGAGGCAGAGGGAACUGGCUGCUAAGUGUUUGCGGCUGCUCACCCACUCCUUCAACAGAGAGUACAGCCAUGUGUGUGUCAGCGCCAGCGAAAGCAAAAUCUCUGAGAUGUCUGUCACCGUGCUGAAAGACUCCCCGUCCACCUACGCCCUCGACACAAUCACACCCUCCUCGACGUGUCCUUCGCUGGUUGAAGGCAGCUACAUCAACGCUGAUCUCAGGCUGCCCACGCCCCGUCCCCGCGCUGACACACAGCAGGGGGCAGCAGAGGCCAAGGCAUCUGUCAACGGUGGCUCUGACGCCCGGCCUGCGACCCGCAGAUUUGUCCCUGACAUCCAGGAGAUCCGAGUCAGCCCCAUCGUGUCAAAGAAAGGGUACUUACAUUUCCUGGAGCCACACACCAACGGAUGGGUGAAGCGUUUCGUGGCUGUGCGGCGGCCGUACGUCUACAUCUACAACUCAGAAAGAGACACCGUGGAGCGUGCUAUCCUCAACCUGUCGUCGGCUCAGGUGGAGUACAGCGAGGACCAGCAGGCCAUGCUAAAGACUCCAAACACGUUCGCCGUGUGCACGGAGCAUCGCGGGAUUCUGCUCCAAGCUGCUAACGACAAGGAGAUGCACGACUGGUUGUACGCUUUCAACCCUCUCCUUGCUGGAACUAUCAGGUCAAAGCUGUCAAGAAGAAGAGCCGGGCAGAUGAGGAUGUGAAAGAACGAUUAAUGGAACGACAACGUGCUGAGCCCUGUCAGCCGCCACCGCUCUACCCAACCGUCAUGUCUCCUCACCAUUUAGUGUCCACUCCAUGUUUCAUGUUAGGCUCUCUCAGCGCUCGCAGUCUGUCUGUGUGAACAAGCUCCGCCCCUCUGCUGUACAGACGUUCAUUCUUUCUGGACCACUAGCAAAAACGGAGGGAGGGGCAGCAGUUUCUACAACUCCAUUUGUGUUCAUCUUAACUGUAGUUGUUGUUAGUGACACAUCAGGCCUUAUGCAUUUACUCCUUAAAAAUACAGCAGUGAUAUGUACGUAUCUUUACCAAAAGGACUUCUACAUCAGAAACACGGCGUCCUCGUCCAUCCAUUCAUUCAGUGUUUAAGCGGGUUUCCAGAGGAUUAUUACACAAACAUCACUCAUGAAUCUCUCCCAUGCUUUGUUUUAAAAUGUGAUCUAUUCAGAUUUGUAAGUUAUUUAUUUCUGCAUGUAUUGAUUUACAAAGACAUUUAUAUUUCUAUAGUAGAACGUAGUACAGUGCAAUUUCUGCACUCUGCACUUUUAAAUAGGUUCCUUAGAUGUUUGAAAAGGACAGGCCUGUCCCCACGCUGAGAAUGCUCCUGACAAAAAUGUUGAAAACUGUGUUAAGGACCACGGCUGCAAUCUUCUUAGUCCCUCUUUGGAUCCAACAAACCUUCACAGAACAAUACCAGACAUCAUUAGACGGAGAUGUGCUUGUUGAAGCAGAAAUUGAAGUCUGUUCUUUCCAUCCCUCAUUAUGAGACAGUCUCUUCAAGAGACACUGGUGGAGAUUCAUAGAUUGCAGUGCCUCUCUUUUCAAACUAACUGCACACUCUGCCUCUGCACUAUAUGCUUCUUGUCUGCAUCCUUCUUGCUGAAAAACUCCAGUUCUUCUCAUCUGUUCAUCACUCUUCUAGUCCUUUUUCUCAUCAUCUGCAUGUUUGAAUAUGAGGUUUAACUUGGACAAAUGUUUAAGUCAUGAAACAAGAAUCAAUUUCAAUAACACAUAUAUUGUCUUCAGAAGUACAAAUAAAUCCUGUAACAUCUUAUUACCUGGAGGAGCCCCACCACACCAGAAACAGGGUUCUGUCUUGUUCUGUGUUCUGAGCAGGAACCUGAAAGCAGGUCAUCAGCGGUGAGUGAGACGGAUGAGCUUGUCUCAGGUCAUCCAGCCUAGAGAGCAUGCUUGGCCACAACCCCGGAUUUACAGCCUGUUGUAAAGCAGUGAAGUGGAUCACCAGGUGUUUGUCAUUCUGAAAACGCUCCUGUUAGCUGGUAUCCUGGAGAAUGUUUGAAGUAAAUCCAGUUCAACAUUUCUACACUCAAGUCAUAGUGUUUCUUUGAAGGAGGUUAAGUAUUGUUUUUAAUUGUUCUAGCUGUAAACACAAGAUCACAUCAACAUCCAACCGUCAUGGUAGAAACCUUUCAUCCAGCUUAACAUCAUUACUCUGUGUGUGUGUGUGUGGGGGGGGGGGGGUUCCUCAUGUUUUCAUCUGCAUCACGUUUGAACCGACCAAAGUUCUGUUGCUGCACUUCUAGAAAGACUCACACUGAAUGUACUGUUUCUGAAAAGACUGGUUCUACUCCAAUAGCUUCUGGAUUCUGUCCUGGUUCCUUGAUGAUUGUAGAAUGGAUCGUGUGAGGAGAACCGCGUGGAGACUAGAGGAACUACAAUGACCUGCUGGUGGAGGAGUUUGGCUCAUUUAUAUCAUGUACAGAGUUCUGCUCCUUUCAUGCUGUGUUCCUGUCCCUCCUUUACACCAUCCUCUUCCCUUACUGUCACGCUCCAGCAGUCUACACAAAACACUCUACAUGAUUCUGAUACAGUUCUGACUGACACGUCUGUGCUUCCACAUCUCUGUUCUGCAUCUGUGCAUCUCAGUUCUUUUCCUUCAGAUAACUGGCAGUGUAUAUAAACCUGAGUGCUGUGAACAGUGUACUAUAACGUUUCACCCAUUUACAAACUAAAAUGGGAAGUAGUUCAGUCUGUGUCUGAGUGUUGGAGUUUAGUGUCAGAUGUUUGUGUACACUAAACACAUUGUCAUAUACUAAAUAAACAUGGAACUUAUGCAACACAAA